CUCUCAUUUCUCUUUUUCCCCCUCACCCGCUUCACCAUCUUUCAACGCUCACUCUCUUGUCACCUCUUCACGGUCGACCCGGAAAAGGACGACAGUCAUUCUACACGGCUUACAGCACUCUCUUUUGUUUCUCAACCAACUAAAGCAAAGCGGACGAGAGGAAACCAACUUUCUCCUCUACGUGACCCCCUUGCGCCCUUCUCUCAUCCAUUCUCUUUCCACUCGAUCGAGGUUGGAACGGUUACAACGGUAAAGCCUCUGGCUAGGUGAUAUCGCUUUUGAGAAACAGGGUAAAAGAAAGAAAAGGUCAAGGUCAGGAGCAAGACUUUUAAAACACAGAAUAGCAAAGAUGAUGCACGACAACAACGGCGGGAGCGUCAUGGGCAUGAUGAGGCGAAUGGAGCGUCACCGUCGAAGUGAUACCGCGGCCGAAAUCAGAAAUGUAGUGGAGCGGAGCCAGGGCGAGGCGGAAGGCAUUUGGAAACGCGUCGAGGAGACGGUGCCAUCGAUGGGAAAGCGCCUGUUCGGAGGACUUGACGGCGGUGAUGACGAUGGCACCGGUGACGACGGAAGUGGAGACGACAGCACGAGCUCGACAAGGGGAACCGGAGGCUCUCGGUCGGGAGCCGAAAGGGCCAGCUCCUCCGAUGACACUGCUGCUACCUCGACACCCGGACGACCUGGCGGUUUCACUAGCUAUGACGACGACACGUCGACAAAGUCUUCGUCGUCGAAGUCUUCUGAUCUCUUCGGCUUCCUCACCUCUAGCAGCUCGAGCACCCGCACGUCUACUACGCCUACUUCCACGUCGACGUCGUCCACCCCUACCCGGACGCACUCCACGUCCUCGUUCUCGACGCCCUCUGCAUCGUCAACAUCGACAUCUAUCAUGAGCAACCCUGCGACCGCGACGUCGAUCGCACUCGUGACGUCGUCGCCCACGAGCAACAGUGACGCGGUCACGGCCACGCCCAAGAGCGAUGGUCCCGGUGCGGGUCCCAUCAUCGGUAUCGUCGCCGGUUCUCUGGCAGGUGUCGUUGUCAUCGUUGCCCUCGUUGGCUUCCUUGUGAAGAAGUACAACAAGAAGUCGGACCCGUACGAGGACAACCCCUUCGACCGAGGCGACUUCCGAAGACAAAGCGCAAUGCUUCCGGACACUUUUGAUAGCGACGAAGGUCACCACACCAUGUCGGAGCACAAUCACAUGCCUGCGUCGUACAGCACGGACCCUGACAUGAUGUCUAACGCUGGCUACGCCACCGCUGGUGCAGCCGGAGCCGGCGCUGGCGCUGCAGGCUUGGCCGCCGCCUCGUCGUUCUCAUCGCACAACGACAGCGGUCGUCCGCGUCCCCCCACGGUUUUCGAACGGCACAUGAACGCUCCUGCAGCCCAAUUCAGCGAGGCGCCGCCAGUGCCUCAAGUCGGUGCCAUCUUCCAACCCACGCACUCGUCCGCUCCCUCGCUUCCUCCCAUGGUCUUUGGCGGCUCGGACCCUUACAGCAUCGCCGGUGUCGGACGCCAGUACCACGACGGCAAUGUUGCCAACCCUUAUGCUCAUCUCGAUCGCCAACAGUCGUUUACUACCGCUUCGCCCCAGCAGAUGCCUGCUCGGCCCUUCGACAACCAGCAGCAGCACCUGAACCGCAACGGCAGCCUUGAAAGCCAAGGAUCUUACGGUCAACAGCAGCAACAGCACCAGCACCAGCAGAACUUCUACGAUGAGUCUAUGGGCCAUGGCUUCGACACGGCUGGACGACCGAGCACGGCCGAGGGACGCAGUGGCACGCCCGACAUUCCCAACAUGCAGCAGACCUAUGCACUUGGCGACGCCAAUGAGAACCUUGACCACCACCAUCAGCAGCUUGAUGACGGUCUCGAGCGCAGCGGAAGCGGCUCUUUGGGUCGUGACGAGGGCUACACCAGCCCCACGGUUCGCAACUCGGUCGGUGACCCAUUCCAGAACGCCGUCGAGCACAACAGCCCGCCGCAGCAACCGCUCCAGGUCAGGAACCUGCUGCCGAACCCUCACCAGCAGCUCCAGCAGCACCUUGCCGGAGGUUCUGGCCGUCCCAUUAGCACGGCCAGCAGCCAGCCGGCCGACGAUGAAGCCGCGUACGGCGGUGUCUGGUAAAAUCACAACUCUCAGUCCUUCUGAACUGGUUUCAGUAGGCGAGACACAAAGUCACGCCCCUCCUCUCUGGUCAUAAGGUCAACGGUCCUCAGCACUCAACAAAUCCUCCCGCCUCCUCCGACUCUUUCUGUCUUCCUUUUCACUUGUUUGCACAUACGGAGAGAGAUGUCCGGCAUCUUCAGUCGCCCCUCUCCCUCUUUCUCUCGUAUCUUACUCGCUCUGUCUUACAGAACAUACACCUUCCUCUCUCUGUCUUCUAUAUUUCCUCCG